AUGAGCCCUAUUGCUGUUCCCGUCGAGGGACAGUCAAUGCAACUCCCCGACGCCGACUACAAGCUGGCCAACAGUGUGAAAAAGGGCCAGACAACAUCAACAACGAAUGCCUCAACUCAGCUGAGCCCCGAAGAAGAACUGGUGUUGAAGAGCUUCAGAGUGCUCAUCGCCGACCUAUGCCAGCAAUUCAAAGGCGGGCAUCCAGGAGGCGCGAUGGGAAUGGCUGCCAUUGGUGUUGCGUUGUGGAAAUACGUGAUGCACUACGCGCCGCACAGUCCAGAUUGGAUCAACCGCGAUCGGUUUGUGCUGUCCAACGGCCAUACCUGCUUGUUUCAAUACUGCUUUUUGCAUCUGACCGGCUACAAGGCCAUGACGCUGGAACAGCUGAAGUCAUAUCAUUCGGAUCGGACCGACUCGCUGUGCCCCGGCCACCCGGAGAUCGAGCACGAGGGGAUCGAGGUCACCACGGGUCCACUUGGUCAGGGCAUCGCCAAUGCGGUGGGAAUGGCCAUGGCUUCCAAGCAUCUCGCGGCCAAGUUCAACCGACCAGGCUUCGACAUCGUGUCCGACCAUGUCUGGUGUAUGGUCGGUGAUGCCUGCCUCCAAGAAGGGGUCGGGCUCGAGGCCAUCUCCUUUGCCGGGCACAUGCGUCUGGGUAACCUUACCGUGAUAUACGACAACAACCAGAUCACCUGCGACGGCCCGGUCAGUCUGACCAACACCGAGGACAUCAAUGCCAAAAUGAGGGCUUGUGGCUGGAAUGUGAUCGAGAUCGCAGACGGGUGCUGGGAUGUUCGGGGCAUCGUCAAGGCUCUGGAGGCUUCUCGUGUCUCAGACCGCCCAACGUUCGUGAAUUGCCACACUGUCAUCGGCGUCGACACGGCCGUUGCUGGGGACGCCGUGGCGCACGGAGCAGCGCUGGGAGUGGACACGGUUAUGGCCCUCAAAAGACUCUACGGGUUCGAUCCAGAACAGCGAUAUGUCAUCCCCGACACGGUUCGCGAGUUCUUCAGUGGGCUCCCCUCCCGAGGACAGUCUCUGGUGACCGAGUGGAAUCACAUGCUCCAGGAGUACAGCCAAGUUUACCCUGACCUGGCCGAAGAAUAUGCAACACGCAUCAGUGGUCACUUACCGGACAGCUGGGAGUCUCUGAUUCCGCAUCCCCUCCCCUCAAAGCCGACGGCAACCCGCGCCGCGUCAGGAUUGGUCUUCAACCCGCUCGCUGAAAGACUUGACCGGUUCAUGGUUGGGACUGCCGACCUGUCUCCGUCGGUGUACAUGAGCUGGAAGACCAAGGAAGAUUUCGAGCCCCCUUCUCUGGGGACGGGAAGUUAUUCUGGGCGGUUCAUCCACUAUGGUGUCAGGGAACAUGCCAUGGCGGCCAUUUCGAAUGGGUUGGCAGCCUAUCAUCCUGGGAUGUUCAUUCCGGUUACAUCAAGCUUCUUCAUGUUCUACCUAUACGCAGCUCCGGCCGUCCGAAUGGGCGCGCUGCAGCACCUGCAAGUCAUCCACGCCGCGACGCACGAUUCGAUUGGCAUGGGCGAAGAUGGGCCGACGCACCAACCCAUCGAGCUUGCCGCGCUGUACCGCGCCAUGCCGAACUUGCUGUACAUCCGACCGGGAGACAGUGAGGAGACCGCAGGUGCCUGGAUCGAGGCCAUCAAAGCCAGACACAUGUCGUCCAUCAUCUCCACGUCCCGCCACGCGCUCCCACAGCUGACCGGCCUGACCAAACGCACCGAAGUGGCCAAGGGCGCGUACGUCCUCGAAGAAGUCGUCUCAGGAACCGCCGAUCUGACGCUGAUCGGCGUCGGGGCCGAGCUCAACCUCGCCGUCCGCGUGGCGGCCGAGCUGCGCAGCUCCUCCCACGGUCUGAAAGUGCGGACGGUGUCAUUCCCGUGCCAGCGCCUCUUCGACGCCCAGCCGCGCGCGUAUCAGCGCCACGUGCUCCAGCGCCAGAGCGGCGUGCCCGUCGUGGUGAUCGAGGCGUACGCGGCGAACGGGUGGGAGCGCUACGCCCACGCGGCCGUAUGCAUGAGCACGAAGCGCUUUGGCAAGUCGCUGCCCGGGCCGAAGGCGUACGAGUACUUUGGCUUCGACGUCCCCUCGAUGGUGGCCCGGAUCGCGGGAUAUCUGGACGAUUGGAAGGCGGAUCCGGACUUGAGGCAUGACUUUGUAGAAUUGACGUGUGCGAAAACGGAUGCAUAG